GGCGAGCAGCAAACCGGUGCGCGCCUCUCACAUUUAGACGCUACAUCCGCUUCCUCGUCUCAAGUUGUGCCGUCGGCUCAAAAAAGACAUGGCAAACCCACCGUACCCUUUCCUGAAGAGGUUUGUUAUUAAGAGUCCAGCACUACGAGAGUUCCUGGCGGAAUUCUUCGGCACUUUCAUCCUUUAUAUAUUCGGUGGUGCAUCAUUUGCCCACUAUAUUUUCGGAAAUCAAAAGGAUGUCCUGGCGGUCACAUUCUGCUGGGGCAUGGGUGUCAUGCUCGGCAUCCAAACUGGAGCUGGAGUUUCUGGGGGCCAUGUGAAUCCGGUGGUAACCACUUCGUUCGCUAGUGUGGGCAGACUUCCUUGGCGGAAAGUACCACACUAUAUCCUGGGUCAACACCUCGGAGCCUUCGUAGCAUCUGCUAUUCUGUAUUUCAAUUACAUCGACGUAUUGGAUCACUACGACGGAGGAGAAAGGCAAAUAUUUGGUAACAAAGGAACGGGUAUCCUUCUGACGACAUUCCCCAAUGAGAAUGUUCAUCUCUCCAUUUGCAUCUUUGACACGAUAAUCUGUUCAGCUCUUCUCAUGUUCACCAUCAUGGUGAUCAUCGACAACAAGAACGCAAACACGACGGCUGGAAUGCACGCAUUCCUCAUCGGGAUCAUGGUGAUCGCUCUUUGCUGGGCAUUUGGCACAAACUGCAUGGCUGCCAUCAAUCCCGCGAGGGAUUUCCCACCACGCGUUCUGGCAUCAAUGGUGGGAUACGGACCCGAAGUGUUCACUUUCCGGCACUUCUGGUGGAUUCCCAUGUUCAUCCCGCACGUUGGGGGUCUUAUCGGGACGUGGCUGUAUGUAUUGGCCAUUGAGAUGCACAUACGGCCGGAAAGACUUCACGACGACAGGGCUGAACGGGAGAUGACGAACUUGUUACCUCUGCCACCGAGGACAGAAAAAUCGGCCGCCUGAUUGGUUCUCUAACUAAGGCGAGGAUUCGUCCCAUUCUACGUCACAUCAUCAUCGUUAAUCUUGCCGGCAUAACAGUGCUCUCACCUUGGUGUCACCGAGCACUGAAAUCUACAAAUGCUCAGUGUGCGUGGAGAAGAUAUGUGACAUUGAAAUGUGGAAGGAGAGCGUUGGCAUCGCCACCUAGAUGAAGGAAGCCUGCUUUUUACCUCCUUUUCUUCCAUCGCCUCGCAGACACAUAUGGUGGUGGUGGUAGGGAUGGAGCUACUCGCCGUAGUCGGCCACCCUCUGGCGGGCAACACAUAGAGUUGGGAUGCCAUCUGCUUCAUCCAAUCCGAUGAUGUGGAUGUGGAUCCAAUCCAAGCCAAUCCGAUUUCUGUGGCUACGAGUGACUGCUUGUGGACGGCACGUUUCCUUGGGUUGCAGUCGCCGAAAACAUGGUCCUGAUAGGGGGACUCUUAAUGAUUACGUUACGUCAGGCUUUCUUUAUCCAGGUGGCUCUUGUGUUGGCAGCCAUAUACACGGUUCGUGGUUUUUAGAUAAGUGAAGAACUGAAUGUUGCGCUCACGCAUGUCAUCGUCAUUGUCUUAGUUGUUGUUGUUGGCUCAGCGAGGUCGACACGGAUGCAGGAAGUUGUCAGUGCCGUUUUUUUCUUGUGGACAUAAAGGUGAAAGUUUUAAGCGUG